AUGGGAGGCGGUGACUUAAAUAUGAAAAAGAGUUGGCACCCUCUUUUAAUGAGAAAUCAAGAGAGGGUGUGGAAAGAAGAACAAACACACAAGGAAGAGCUGAAAAGAGUCGAGCAAUUACGAAGAGAAAUUGAAGAGGAACGACAACUUUUGGAGCUCCAGAGAUUACAGGAAGCAGCAGGAGGAAAAAAGAGAAAAGAUCGAGUGGAAUGGAUGUAUGCAGUUCCCACAGCAGAAGGAGCGAAACGAGACGCUUCAGAAAUGGAAGAAUAUUUACUUGGUAAACGGCGAUUGGACGACCUUUUAAGUGAUAAAGUGGAAGAUCAGAAAAAUUCUCUUAAUAAAACUGAAUUUAUUUCUUUACAGAAUGCCAAUUCCGUUCAAGAUAUCCAAUCCAAAGUUCGACUGGACCCUCUUUUGGCUAUAAAGCAACAAGAGCAAAAGCAAAUGCAUGUACUAGCAGAGAAGAGAAAAAGAAAAUUAGAAGAAGAUGAAAGGAGGAAAAAGGAGUUGGACCAUCGUAGUCGACAUCUUAACUCACGAGAAAAGAGUUACGACAGACAUGGCCGCUAUAAUGACUCUCGGCGAUACAAUACUUCAAGAAACAUUUCGAGGACAGAAAGAUAUCCACGGAAAGAAUAUGGGGAUCGACAUUAUGGCGAUAGAAGGUAUGUUGACGAUCGAGAUGAUGAAGAAAUGCGUCUGUACCAAGACAGACGAAGACACGGGAACGAAAAAAGGUACCACACAAGACGACAUUCUUCAAGGUCACCUUCACCACAACGACGAAGCUCCCAUAGGUCACGUGCUGAUGCCGGUGGAUCCUCAACAGAAGAUACUCGUGAGCGUCGAUUACGAGAAAUGCAAAACAAUGCUCAGAGUUUAGAACAAAACAGGGUUGAAAAACUUCAUAAAUUAGAACAAGAGGAAUUGACCGAAACCGCCAAAAACGAACAGGAAAGAUCUAGCACCGCUAGGAAAUGGAAUAAUCAAGGAGAUUUCCUUCGUGAAAUGAAAAGAGAAGUAUAUUCUGGUGAUGCGGUAAAUCUAGCCGACCGCGUUAGCAGUAUGCGGCAUACUGCUCUUAAGCAAUAA